AUACAUGGAAUGAUUUAUAAUUGUCGUCAAAACGUCACAGAACCCAGUCUAGUCCCGGCGGUGACGUCGUUAGGAUUAAAAAUUAAUAUAUUUCAUUAAAAUUAAUUUUAAGUGUUUUCAAAAUGACAAAGUUUUUUUAUCUGUUUUUGUUUUGUUUAGUGCCUAUGGAAGCGCUGUACAGCAUCCGUUCGAAGGCCACCAGGACCUGCGCACGACCCGAGAUCGCGCACGGCACCGCGCGGCUCAAGCAGCGCGGGCGCAUGGCGCGGUACGAGUGCUUGUCUGGUUAUCAGCUAGUGGGAGACAAAUAUGCUACCUGCCUGGGAGGCAGGUGGGAUAUGCCUAAACCUGUCUGUGUCCGUGGCGGCUGCCCAAUGCCAAAAAUAGAUCACGCGAUCAUUCUGCCCACACACAGGAACGCUUGGCUGAACAUAUUCUGUCUCCCUGGCUACACGGGUUCCGCUACGCUCUUCUGCGAUGGUCAGAAGUGGAAUGGGACUGCUCCUGUCUGCGUAUCAGAUCCUGUACCCGUCGAGUUAUCUUGUGACUUCGAGACUCCUUCUCUGUGUGGAUGGACGCAGGACUCGCGCCACGAUUUCGAUUGGACGAGAAUUAACAAGAAGACACCUAGUUCUUUCUUAUUUACGGGGCCGGCGUUCGAUCAUACCUUCGGGGAAAGCAAGCAAGGUUACUACAUGUACAUCGAAAGCUCCUCCAGAUCGGAAAACGACACCGCGCGUCUCAUCUCGCCGGUAUACGCCGGGGGUCUGGAGAAGAAUGGCUGCUUUUCCUUCUUCUAUCACAUGUACGGAAGAUCCAUUGGCGGUCUCCGAGUGUACCAAAUACCUGAAAGCCAAAAAGAUCAUGUCCUGGACGACAGCGACACGAAAGAACAAUACCUCUUGUUCGAGAAGUGGGGGAACCAGGGAGACGAAUGGUUCAGAAACGUGUCGUACCUUAAGGACGUUUCUGAUAAUUUUCAGAUAGUCAUCGAGGGUAUCCGAGGCACCAGCUUCACCAGUGACGUCGCCAUAGACGACGUAGCUAUUUUAUCGGGACCCCAAUGUGAACAGGCUUUCGCCAGCGCCAUAACUCCGGCUGAAGAUAUACCGGAUUCUUGUGCGGGGCGCUGCUCGGAGCUGUCAACCCCGCACCGCGGCUGCGGGUGCAGCACAGCCUGCAUCAGCGACAGUGACUGCUGUGCAGACUUUCUUGAAGUCUGUGUCUUCAACUCCGACUUUGCCAAUAGGUACGACGACGACCCAACCACAGUCAAAUCUAUUUCAGACGCCCCAAGAACAGAAAAACUUGUAGCGAUUACUCUAACUACCACUACUACCUCAACGACUACCACUAGACCUACUACCACUACCUUAAAACCUACUACCCCUAAACCCACUACUCCUAAACCUAAGCUUACUACAAGACCGACUACGAAACGUCCUAGACCAAUUCCGAUGACUAUACCAUACGGAACGCAACCUGUAAUUCCUGUUAAGGUGACUACUAAACUGACUACUAAGGUAGUGGCCACGACUACUGUAAGAGGAAUAACGGCUGAGGUCCGGCGGGACGUGGAUGGAGCGAAACAUGCCAGUGAAGCUAAGAAAAUUGUUCAAGAUAAACAAAAAGGAGCCAGCGCAGCAGCGGGCGUAAUAACGUUGCUAGUAUUCUGCGUGCUGGUAGUCGGCGCCGCGCUGGCGGCGCGGAGCGCGCGCGGCCGCGCCGCCCUCGCGCGCCUGCGCGGGCGCGCGGCCAGCGACCCGGAGGUGCGAUAUCUCACCAGUGAUCAUGAUUAAAUCUUAAGAACAA